AUGGAAUUCGCUUUGAAAUUCUUGCCUAGUCGACCAAUUCUCCCCUCGCAAUUGAGGAUUCCUUUCUUAGAAUAUCUCAACCCACGUUCCACAUUGGCUCCUCCGCAUCCUUCUCCACUAGCCUCAAGACUUUUCAAUGUCGAUGGCAUUACAUCCGUUUUCUACGGCUCAGACUUUAUCACUAUUACGAAGGCAUCAGACGCGAAUUGGGCACACGUCAAACCAGAAAUCUUCGCUUUGAUUACCGAGGCAGUGAACUCCGGCGAAGAGAUUGUGAACUCUGUUGCAGGCUCGCCCACCCAUGCAGGGCAAGAAGGAGAAGAGACUCUUGAAUAUGAUGAAAAUGACGGCGAAGUCAUUGGCAUGAUCAAAGAACUCCUGGAGACAAGGAUACGGCCCGCUAUCCAAGAAGAUGGGGGCGACAUCGAAUUUCGUGGCUUCAAGGAUGGACACGUCAUGCUAAAGCUACGAGGAGCAUGUCGCACCUGUGAUUCAAGCACGGUAACUUUGCGGAAUGGCAUUGAGAGUAUGUUGAUGCACUAUAUUGAGGAGGUCAAAGGUGUCACACAAGUCUUGGAUCAAGAGGAGGAGAUUGCAAUGCAGGAGUUCGCCAAAUUUGAGGAAAACUUGAAGAAGCAAAAGGGUCCAGAAGCCGUAGACAGUGUUGAAACUGUUCAACCUUGA